GCCACCACCACUAUCAGAACUGCCCACUGCCAUCGCGUCUCUUGGCGCUCCCUGGGUGUAACUAACUCCAGUUACGCGUCCAUUCGCGGAACAAUAUCUAGCAAGAACAAUAUUAACGGCGGUUUCUUUGAUCAACUUGUCUAAGCAGCUACCUGCCCACGCCCAGCUCGCGCCCUCGCUCUCCCUUCCUUCCUUUUCCUAUCGAAGGAGAAAUCAAGCAAGCCCGGUUACUUCCCAAUGCCGGAGAAUAAGAGACAACGGGUGUUGAUCGUUGGAGCAGGAUUGACGGGACUAUCGCUGGGCGUGCAGCUACUAACUCAUGCCGCAGCAUACUACGAGCCAGUCAUUUUUGAGAAGGUAAUUGUUAGCUCCCUCGCCUCCCGCUUCCACCAAGGGCCUCUAUCUAGAGAUUAAUAUGAACAACAAAAAAGUCACCAUCCCUAGACGAUAUCACAAAAUCCGGCUUCGUCAUAAACCUUUCCCCAAACGCAAUCCACAUUCUUCGCGGUUUAAAUUUCGACCUAGUUCGUGAGGGCAUCGGUAUGCCACUGAAUAGAACUGUCCUGCACCACGCAUCGAAGCCGGAGGCCAUCAUCGCGGAAGCAGAGAAUUUGCUCCCGGACCCCCAUACGCUCCAAACUGUCGAGCGAGGGCCGCUGCAACUUUCACUAUUGCAGAAGUACUCGUUAUUGCGCGGGAGGGUGCACUAUAAUUGCGAUUUUAAGAGCUAUAAAACGCUGGAUGAUGGGAGUGUUGAGGUGACGUUUGCUUCUGGGGAGGUAGUUUCUGGGGAGUACGUUAUCGGUGCUGAUGGGGUAUACUCUGGCGUGCGAAGGGCGAUGUAUGGGAACCUAAGGGGGAAGGUGGAUCAGCCAAGCAGAUGCCCGUUUAGUACAAUGUUCCCAUUUAGUCUUGUCACACCGGCUAUCGCGCUGGUGAGGCCUAAUAGGAAAGUUUGGGAGUGUUCGCCAACGCACUGGACUGCUUUGUAUGGGAUCACGAGGCAGUUGCCCGCACAGUUAUUGACGGUUCGUGGCGAUGAUGGAGGGUUGGGGACCAUGCACUGGUUUCUUCGUGACGUUCCGGGGGCGUACACUACAUAUUCGCUUCAACAGGGGAGGGUAUUCUGGAUAUGUUACCAGCCUUCGCCUCCCUCGAGCACUGGUCGAGGGAGGUAUACGGAUAAGGAAGCGCUCGAUACUAUGAGGUCGUAUGAUAGCUGUCAGUAUACUGCGUCCACGGAAAAAUGUAAGCUGCCCACGGUCAACUUUUCCGAGAUCACGUCCCGCUCAGAAAGGUUCAUGAAAGUUCGCAUCAAUCAUACUUUCUUUCGCAGCAUUUCAGAUGGCAACGUAGUGCUGAUCGGCGACGCGGCUCAUCCUAUGAAUACCUUCCAUGGGCAGGGUGCUGCGAUGGGCAUUGAGGAGUCACUCGUUUUGUGCAAUGCUUUGCUCAGGAGUGCCUGGGGAGGGGACAUGGAUGUCCGCCCAGAGCUGGUCGGAAUCGAGUACUUUGAAGGUCAGAGAAAGGAGCGUUCGGAGAAAGUCACAGACCUGGGAUUCUGGCUUGGUGUGGCCGUGAUGGGGGACCUGUGGAUUCUUAGGAAAAUUCGGGAUUGGCUGAUUAGCAAAGUCCUAAGGGGGGAAGAUCAUAAGGAGAGAGCCGAGAGGGCAGAGGCCACCGUCAAAAAAGUUCCCCAGAAGGAGAAUGAGCUCGAGGCUAUCGACGAGAAGGUGGAAAACACAAAGGGUAACGGAAAAGAUCACUGGCUCUUUGAUUUGAAGGUAGAUGUGCAGACCGAGGAGGAGUUUCGGGAGAGUUUGAAGGGGUGA